AUGGCAGCUGCGGCCCUCCUGAUACCAAACGUCUGGGGUCCCAUCGAGCAGAUCAUUUACAUCAAAAGUCUUAACUUCUGUUCCAUUUCUGCACUUUCUUCUCCUUCAGCGUGGACUCUAUGGAUCCCUCGUGCCACCGAGCAUGGACUCUUGUUCGUCUUUCUCAUUGUAAACGCUAUGGGUACACCGAGAAAGUCUCAGACUAACGUCGUAGCCGUUCUUUACCGCCAAGGCAUUGUCUACAAUGCGAUGACAUUCAUUCUGUUUCUUGGGAUCUUAUUGUUUUGGAGAUACGGAAACCGGUUGUACAUCCCGCUGACGGCGUACAGUAUUGGUCUUAUCCUAACGCUGGUCACAUCCCGCUUCUUCUUGGCGAUCAAUGCUCCGACAGUGUCCUCAUUGAGGUAUUCGCAUGCUAGAACGCCGUUCAAGCAGGAUGUCGACCCCAGGGACGGAGCACCAUUCACGUAUCCAUCUUCUACGGUGGGCGAUUGGAUUCGCUCUCGUAUCUCCCCUCCUGGAAACUUUCGGCAAAAUUACAACAGGGACCCAGGGAAUUUUCCAAGUAACUUGCCGCCGCCCCCAUCGCCGACGGCAACGACACGAACAUAUGAGCCGUCAGAGAUGGCGCGAACGAUAUCGAUCGACGAAAUUGAUGCGGCGUCUCAGACGACGCGUGAGGCGCACAUGGUGAGCGUGCACUGGACGUUUAUCCGUCGUCGGGCGUGGUGGCUCGUCGGGGAUCAAUACCAUGUGUCCACUGAAAAUUUAUCUGGAACGAUAGAGGGAGAGAGGAUUGGGCAAGGAGCGAGUGCGGCUGAAGGAAGAGGGACUAGGGGGACACGGGAUGGGGAAAGUCGGUCGGAUAGGUUUACAUACUGGGUGUGA